AGUGAGGCCUUACAGGUAGUGAAGGUGGAGCACAACAACACUAUGUGGCGAGUGUGUUAAGAGUCAGGUGUAGGGAGGCGCGUGUGGGGUGAUGAAAGGUGAUCGUGGUGUGGUGACCAUCAGUGGGGCAGCGGUGAGUGACGACCCUGCUGGAGCCCCUCACCCGACACCACCGUCGGCGUCGUCAGUAGCACCACCCCGCCCCACCCCUCGAGCCUUCGCUCCUGCUGGCGGUGGUUUCCUACGUAGGUUAUCCAGGUAUGCCAGUAGGGUCGUGCCCUUGUCGGCCACUGCGAUCCGGGAGGUCCCAGACUACGGCGCCACUGUGGACGCCCUUAAUGACCUCCAGGGUGGCACUGCCGACACAGGUAGCGGAGCAGAUGGUACUGAUGUGGCCGUGCAGGUGUCCCAGGAGGCAGGGGCGGGGGGCAGCAGGGUCAACAUCCCGGUGCUACACAUCACCAGGUCAGCCAGCUACGAGCGAGCCAUCAGCAGCAACCGUAUGCUGACCUCAACCAAGCCCCGCGCCCCGCCCGUCCCCACCAGCACCGCCAAGACCACAAGAUCCCGGAAACUGACGUCCAGGAAGAAGUCCAACGUCUCGGACACCUCCAGGUCUUCCACCACCUCCAAUGAGUCUAACUCGGCCGUGACCUCCUCCGUGACCUCCAGUUUGACCACCACAACCUCUACCGUGACCGCCGGUGGUACUGGGUCAUUGGAGGUGAGGGUGGCGCCCACAGCCGCCCCCAGGUACUCCAUCAGGAACUCCCUGGCUGUAGAGGAAGAGGGCGGCGGAGGGAGCGAGUACCCGUAUUUGAGGGAGAUGAAGGAGCGGCUGCUGCUGUCCCGUGACCCACCACUGGCCAGCAUGGACGAGUCAUCUCCUCACGAUGCCACCGACAACCAGAUGCUGGAGGUCCAUCAGACUCCUGUAGGAACCGUCGUGCAAGCUGAACGCAGACGGGUAUGGUUCUCACACAUCACCCACCCAUCGUGUGGAGAGUUACUACACCGGCACCCUGGAGUCCCGACGAGGCCUUCUCGAGUACUACCCCAAGAAUGCCAAGUGAGUACCCAUACCCUUCCUGGUGCUCUAUACCCCUUCCUGGUGCUCUGUACCCCAUACCCAAUCCUGGUGCUCUAUACCCAAUCCUGGUGCUCUAUACCCAAUCCUGGUGCUCUAUACCCAAUCCUGGUGCUCUAUACCCCUUCCUGGUGCUCAUACCACUUCCUGGUGCUCUAUCCCCUUCCUGGUACUCUCUAUACCACUUCCUGGUGCUCUAUACCUUCCUGGUGCCCUGGUGCUCUAUACCCCAUCCUGGUGCUCUAUACCCCAUCCUGGUGCUCUAUACCCCUUCCUGGUGCCCUGCUGCUCUAUACCCCUACCCGAACAAUGCCAGGUGAGUACCCAUACCCCUCGUGUGCCCUGGUUCUAUAUCUCGUGUACCCUAGUUCUAUAUCUCGUGUACCCUGGUUCGAUAUCUCGUGUGCCCUGGUGCUAUAUCUCGUGUGCCCUGGUGCUAUAUCUCGUGUACCCAAGUUCUAUAUCUCGUGUGCCCUGUGUUACGAGUUGGGGAUUUAG